AGUGUCCUCAGGUCUUGCCUCAGCCCAGGGUGAUCGAGGUGUCCCUGUCCUCAAGACCUCCAUGCUACACCAGUGUUCCACUGGGGACAGUCUGGGGACAGACACCACACCUCAUUCCCCGGGUGCUGCUGUCCCUGCGAUGCCACCCCCAGCCCUGGCCCUCGGCCUUGCUGGUGCCCAGACCACCCAGCUCCUGGUGGAGCCCCCUUGGACACCAGCAGUGCUGUGGGACCGGGUGACACUGACCUGCCAGGGCUCGGGGACCGCCGGUGCCACCACCUGGUACAAGGAUGGGAAGCGGUGGUUGCAGGAGGGACCCGACUGCCUCAUUGUCACCAAGACUGGCACCUACUGGUGUGACAGACCUGGUACCAGGCUGAGCCCCUCCGUGCUCGUUGUAAAUGGUGAGAGGUCUUUGUUUCCCCACCCUGGCACGUGCGGGAGCCCCGAGAGAUCUGGGUUGCCUCAGCUCCAUGGGGUCACCCCCUGGUGUGACCAGAGUCCAUCCCCUGCGCACGGGGACAUCCGAGGGCCUCACUGGAGCAUGUCCUGUGUGCACCAGUGCACCCAGGUGCAGCGAGCCCACCCUGUUGUGCUGGGGGAGACCCUGUUCCCUCUGUUGCCAUUGGGACCCUCCUGUCCCGCAGCCAUCCCAGUGUUGCAGGUGCCAGCGUGGGCGCUGCUGGAGGGGGACACGGUGACACUGCGCUGCUGGGCCAGGCAGGAGGAGUCAAAUCUUUUUGUUCGUUUCUACCACAACGGGACGGGUCCGUGGUGGCCCAUCCGUCGAACUGAGCUGCCCCUGCCCCCCUUGCAGCUGCACCACAGCGGCAGCCGCAGCUGCAGCGUCUGCCGGAGGUUCUGGCCUCGGUCGUCACUGUGGCAGGAGUCGGCGCCUGUGACAGUGACAGUGCACAAGCUCUUCACGGUCCCGGUGCUGCAGGGUCCCCCUGAAGUCUCUGAGGGGUCCCCCCUGACUCUCAUCUGCCUCAGCACCCCCAGCCCCCUGCGUCCCAGAGCCCCCCUCCUGCACCUCUUCUACCGGGACGGGCAGUUGGUGGGGGGCCUGCAGGGGUCCCCGCAGCUCCUGGUGCCCGCUGUGGGGGUCUCCCACUCGGGGAGUUACAGCUGCCAGGUGCCCUCCGAGUCAGGGGCCGUGCGGAAAAGCAGCGCCUGGCUUGGCGUCACGGUGCGCAGUGAACACAGGUGA